GCAUUUUACAAGAGUUCUGACCUGGAUGGGGUAAAUCUCAGUGCACUGCCUUUCUUUUGCCUCAGUAUUACUGGAUUGAAGAAUUGCUGCUUCUUGUUAGGAGGUUCAUUUCAUUUCCCAUUGCUCUCAACUUCAUACUUAAAGCACUGAGAAUUUCAAGUGGAGUAUAGUGAAGGAGACUUCAGUUUCUUUACAUCACUUCUGUAUUCAAAUUUUUAAACCCUUUCAUAACCUUAUUGAGUGUUUUUUAACUAAAUUGACAUGGCUCGAAUGAACCGCCCAGCUCCUGUGGAAAUCACCUACAAGAACAUGAGGUUCCUUAUUACACACAACCCAACCAAUGCAACCUUAAACAAAUUUAUAGAGGAACUAAAGAAGUAUGGAGUUACCACAGUCGUAAGAGUAUGUGAAGCUACUUAUGACACAACCCUUGUGGAAGAAGGCAUCCAGGUUCUGGAUUGGCCUUUUGAUGACGGAGCACCACCAUCCAACCAGAUUGUUGAUGACUGGCUAAACCUAGUGAAAAGUAAAUAUCGUGAAGAACCUGGUUGUUGCAUUGCUGUUCACUGCGUUGCAGGUCUUGGGAGAGCUCCUGUGCUCGUAGCCCUUGCACUAAUCGAAGGAGGAAUGAAGUAUGAAGAUGCAGUGCAAUUCAUAAGACAAAAACGUCGUGGAGCCUUUAACAGCAAGCAACUUCUUUACUUGGAGAAGUAUCGUCCUAAAAUGCGGCUGCGCUUCAAAGACUCAAAUGGUCACAGAAACACCUGUUGCAUUCAGUAAAGCUGAGCUGCCUGUAUUAUUGCCUUGGAAGCAGAAUUGGAGAUAGGACCUGGGGCAAAUUACAUACAUAACUAGCCAACAUAUAGGCUUGAUGAAUAAAUCUAACGAAGCUUCCAUAGGAAUAUUUUAAGACAAUUUUGUAGGUUACAGGCUUGGCAGAAAUGCAGCUUCUGUCUUUGGAUUACUAACAACCUGUUCGGACACUUAGUAAAAGAUUCUUACUAUUCAGCCUUUGGAACUUAUUGUUUAUCAUUUGUAUCAAUUGAACUUUCCUGAAAUCAUGCAGUAUUGAGUUACAAAUCUUACUCAAAUCUAUUUCCUAAUACCAGAGUCUUAUCAGCAAAUAUGAAAUUUUAGAGAGAUUAGGUGCCAAAAUACCCAGCACAAUGCUUACAUAUUUUCAAUAUCAUACAGAACAUCCUGGGAACUACAGACAGUAACAUGAACCCUAUGUGGUUCUUAUUCCUUCAGUCAUUUCAAUAUUGAAGAUAGGGCCUAUAUGGUAAUUGCCUGCUCACUGUAUGUUUACAUCUCCCACAGUCGCACUAGAAUAUCAGGAUUUGCACAACCAUUCAUUUUGUUGGAUUUUACUAAGUCUUAUGGUGAUAGUUUAAUGUCUUUCUGUAAACCUUUGUCUCAUUUUGUGCUGUUAUCAAGACCUGCAUUUUGAAAAAAGAUCAUAAUUCUCUGGUUGAAAAUCCAUGUAAAGAUCUACACGUUGUACAGAAGCACACAAAGUCUUUAAUGUCUCCAGACAAUAAGCCUUACAGUUAAUUUAAUGUUCGCACUAAUGGGGUGCAACUUGACAGGGAGGGCCUGAAAAGGAUGGGAGGGGGCUAUUAAAUAUUUCUAGUAAAAUGUUGCCUUUGUCUUGUGCAGGAAGUAUUAGAAUAUGCCCUUUACUUUAGUAAAUAUUUUUUAAAAGGUAGAGAUGCUUUGUUAUUGUAGCUAAAGCAAUUCUUAAUCAUAAAAUUCUGAAAAUCUUGUAAUUUCUUUUACUGUACCUAUUGAAAGUUGUUUACCAACUAUUGCUUUUGUUGAAAGUGAUUUUUUUCCCCGUCUUUCCCCAUUCUCCUCCCCCACCCCCCCCAGGAAAAAAAUUGGGUUCCUGCUAUGAAUUGAGCAGACCUCUAAUAUUUUGUAUGCCUUUUGAGCUUGUGUAACUUAAUAUUUGGAUACUUGAUAAUUUGUUUUAUUAUGUAAUUGAUAAAAUGGUGAUGUGUAUUAAUGUUAGUUCAACCAUAUAUUUAUACUGUCUUGGGAAUGUGUGGUUAUAGUUCUGUGGGAGAAAUGAUUUUUCCAGUGUUCACCAGCUUGUAAAAUCUAGUGCGAGAGCUUAAACAUCUAAAUAAAUAAGUACUGAAAUGCACUUAA